CUGCAGGUAUCUCACUGCUCGACUCGGACUGAUCUGCCGACGGGAUGGCAAACUCUGACGGGCCCACCACCGCGAUUUCGCACGUCUACAGGGGAACAUUUAUCCACUCGACCCAGCAAACGGCGGUGCAGAUCCUGGAAGAUGCGCUCCUGGGAGUGGAUGCGGACGGAAAGAUUGCUUUCAUUGGAAAAGGCGAGGAGCUAGAAAAACUGUGUCAGACAUUUGGAUUCAGUCCAUCUGAAGUCACUCAACUAACACAACAUGAGUUCUUCAUGCCAGGAAUGGUGGACACCCACAUUCACGCAUCCCAGUACAGCUACGCUGGCACGGCCCUGGACAUGCCCUUACUGCAGUGGCUCAAUACUUACACCUUUCCUGUAGAGUCUCGCUUCAAAGAUUUGGAGUUUGCCAAGAGGGUUUACACUCAAGUAGUGAAAAGGACCCUGAGAAACGGAACAACCACUGCAUGUUACUUUGCUACCAUACAUACAGAUGCCUCUCUCCUGCUCGGCCAGAUUGCAAAUGACUUUGGACAGCGUGCCUUAGUGGGUAAGGUGUGUAUGGACAGGAACAAUUCUGUGAAACAUUACAAAGAGACCAUUCAAGAGUCCAAAGAGGAAACCUGUCGGUUCAUUGCAGAGCUCUUAAACAAAAAGUACCCCUUAGUGAAGCCAGUAGUGACUCCACGCUUUGCUCCAUCCUGCACAGGAGCCUUGCUGGGACAGUUGGGCGCAAUUGCUAAGAAUAACCAACUGCACAUCCAGAGUCAUAUCAGUGAAAAUGUCGAGGAAGUGAAGCUUGUAAAGGAGCUGUUUCCUGAAUCAGAGUCCUACACACAUGUCUAUCACAAAUACAACCUGCUCACUGACAAGACAGUGAUGGCCCAUGGCUGCUACCUCAGUGAUGAAGAGUUGGAUCUGUUCAGAGAGACAGGAGCCUCUUUGUCUCACUGCCCCAAUUCCAACAUUUCGUUGUGUAGUGGAGUGUUAAAUGUCCGCAACGUCCUGAACCACAAAGUGAAGCUGGGGCUGGGAACAGACGUGGCGGGGGGCUAUUCGGCCUCUAUGCUGGACGCUAUGAGGAGAGCUUUAGACUCAUCCAAAGUCUUGACCAUCCAGAGCCCAGACCACGACACGCUCACCUUUGAGGAGGUGUUCAGACUGGCCACACUGGGAGGCAGCCAAGCCUUGUCACUGGAUGACCAAACAGGGAACUUUGAAGUAGGCAAAGAUUUUGAUGCCCUGAGGGUGAAUGUAGCUGCUCCUGGUGCACCCAUCGACCUGAUCCAGUCUGAAGAACCAAAGAUUCUGUUGGAAAAGUUUUUGAAUUUGGGUGAUGAUCGUAACAUAGUGGAGGUGUUUGUGGCUGGGAGGAAGGUGGCGCCAUUCACAGAGGCAGCCGUGUAAACCCUGUAGUCUUCCACAUGCCUCCGCCGAUCUCACUGCCAAAAAUACAUGUAUAUCUGAUAGAUAAAAUAUGUGCAGCACAAGCUAUAUGGCUGGAAAUACCAUAUAGCUGUAUGAACUGGUUUACUGCUGCCACUGUAGACAAAUAACUAUUGCAAUAAAUAUUUUUGUGUUAAAUCCAGAGGUUAGAAUAGUUGACGUGCUAUUUAUGAGGUUCAGUGAGGGUCAUAGGAAGCUGUGGUCAGCUGAGUUUGAAUUCAGCUGAGUUUUUAAACAGGGAAUAGGGGACUUGAGUGCUGCUGUAAACAUUGCACAUUUUCUGUUAGUUAUUGCAGAAGGUUAGAUAGUUGCCUGUAGUUUUUGCAUACUGAAAUAUAUUCAUGCUCAUUAUGGGCUGAUCCCAUUGUCAUGCUUGUAUAGGUGGAAAAUAGAAUGGAAUCAGAAGGUUGGGAUUUACUUGAAUUGUAAUCAUAACUCAUUCAGUUUUUUCACUGUACACUCCAUUCAAAUGCAUCCAUUCAAGUGUUUAUAAUAACAAAUGUACAUGAUUAAAUUACUUGAAAUAGUUUUUUUUCCCCCUUUUCAACAGUGUAGUCUGCUUUCUUGGCGUGGAGGAACUGUGGACUCCUGAUACAAAAAUUAAAAAGUUACCAUUCCAGUUGUAGGUCUGUUCUGACCGAACCAAGAAUUUUAUCUAACAUGUAGCCAUAGUAACGUUUGUCUUACUUACUUACUUACCUCAAAAUCCACAUCCUGAUUUGACUCAGUGAAAAGUGAAAUAAACCUGGUGCCUUAUUAUUCGAAUUAGUUACUAGUUGUGUUAUACUAACCUUAGAUGUAUUCAUAAUUCAGACGGUUUUACUAAGAUGUUUGAUUUUAAGGAUCACACAAAUGAAAUAUACUUAUGUAUUUACAUUAAUGUUGUCAAACAAUCUUAUAAUUGUAAGGAAAUGAAGGGAAAUUAAAUGGACUGAUUGCUGAAUGUAUUUGUCUUGAUAAACAAAGUCAUAUUUAAGACAACUUUGCUUUUUUACUGAACUAUAGUUAAUUUUUAUCACAAAAUAUCACUUUUUGACACCAAAUUUCAU